UAAACUGCGCUAUCUGGUGGCACGUGGCAAAAUUAAACAUGACAUCAAUUUGUGUGUCAAUGUGCCACCACUCCUCUCUUAGCACUGUGGUUUUCUCUUGGUUAAUCGAUAAGACAUGAAAAUAAAAAAUGUGGUUCAUAUUUUUAUGUUUUAGUUUCAAUUAAUUUCAAACAAUAUAACCCUAAUCGCUAUGUGAACUGUGCUUCACUGUAUCUAGAAGGGGCGGGCGCUUGUAGUGACGCCAUUGCCACACUUCCUUCUGUCCCUCCUCCCACCGUGUAGCCAAGGUUCCUCAGCCCAAACCAAAGCGCACUCCCUUGGGGUCCACCUGGCCGUUGUUUACGCUGCUCUGGGUGACAGUCAUGGCGGCUCCUUUGGCUCACUUCGAUGAGGACUGGCAGGACUUUAACGAAUUUAAGCCCUCCUCUGAGUCGGCCGAUCAGCUGGACCAGCUUAACUCGAACGUGGGCGAGUCGUCCUCGGGCCUAGAUGACUUCUCGGACCUGGACAACAGCUUCUCCGGGGAGAUAUGUAGCUUCAAGUCGAUGGAGGACCUGGUCCACGAUUUCGAUGAGAAGCUGACAGUGUGUUUUCGAAACUACAACACUGCCACAGAAAACAUCGCCCCUAUCAAACCGAUCUCUGAGGAAAGUUGCCUUAAAGACGAUGAAGUUUGGAAUGCCUUGACGGAUAACUAUGGCAAUGUGAUGCCAGUGGACUGGAAGACAUCGCACACGCGCUCACUGCACUUGCCUGUCCUGAACCUAACUGACCAUGAGAAGUUGGAUAACCAGUCUUUAGAUCUGUCAGAUGACGAGGAGCUGAGGGAGCAGAUGGACAUGCACGCAAUCAUUGUCUCCUGCAUCAAUGACGAGCCGAUUUUCACAGCUGAACAGGUAAUUGAGGAGAUUGAAGAGAUGAUGCAGGAGUCUCCAGACCCAGAUGACGAUGAGAGUCCUUCUCAGUCUGACCUGUCUAUGCUCUCACAAGACCUCAAUGCUUUGAAACGCUCUGCUUCAAACACCAGCUAUGAGGACCGGCUGCGUCAGCUGUCUGUGUCUGAACUGACUGAGACUCUGGAGGAGGUAGAAACAGCCAUUCGUCAGUACAGUGAAGAGUUAAUCCAGGCUCUGGCUCUGCGAGAUGAACUGGAUUAUGAAAAGGAGGUAAAAAACAGCUUCAUUUCCCUGCUAAUCGACGUGCAGAACAGACAGAAAGAGCACCGUGAGCUGCUGCGCAAGAAGAAGAAAUUCAGGAGCACGACUACAACCGCACCCAACGGCCAGAGGACAACCAGCACACACAUACCAGGCACUCUCCUCACUUUAGAAGGACUCUCCAGUGUCAUUCAAAAUGGUCUCCGUCAAACUAUCAGCAACACGGGCGGGGACAAACAGUACCUGACCACAGUUAUUCCUUAUGAGAAGAAAGCAGUCUCCCCGUCAGUAGAAGACCUUCAGAUCCUCACAAAGAUCCUCCAUGCCAUGAGGGAUGACAGCGAGAAAGUACCCGCUCUACUCACAGAUUACAUUCUUAAAGUUUUAUGUCCCACGUAAACCCAACUCCAUUGCCUCAAGUUUCCUGGACCCCUUAAUGGACCAUCAUCGCAGGGUUCUGGUAAUCUUGAGGAAAAAAACUAGAAAAUGGAUACAUUUCCAACGCCUGCUCCGAAUUUUCCAGAACAUAGACUUUUUUCCUUGUGGCAUUUUUCUAAGCUGUGCCACUGUGAUUCUUAGGGUUUUAACCUUAGAUAUAAAUCAUCGUCUGUAGAGAUAUUUUAAUUACAACAUUUUAACUUUUUAUUGCCUGAAUUUUAGAACCCUCCAAGUCAUUGUUGCAUGAUGGCUUGUUUGUUGCCAGUCAUCAGUAUUACUCUGCACACCUCACCUCCUGAUUCACCUGUGGCUGAGGAAAUGCAUCCAUUCUAUCAUACUGUGAAACUUCAUCACGUAUUGUGUGAGGGAAAAAGAAACGCAUCUGCGUCGUGUGUAGGUGUAAUUUUCCUGUUUGGAAAAGAACUGUUGGCUUUAUAGUGUUGAUCAAAUGAUUGCGUAUACUCUUUGAGAUUAAGAUCAAAUCUUUUUAAUUUAAACUUUUGGCCCAGCUGUUUUUGCAUGUUCACUUAAACAUUAGACUUCAUUUUAGCUGUUAUUUGAAUGGCAUAUUUUGUAUGGAAUUCAGUGGAAUUGCACAGUUUUGGGAAUAUUAUACUUUUUUAAAAAAACAAAAGGGAAGUGUUGCAUAAACUGGAUGAACAAACAAGAAAUGCUUAUGUAUGAUGGAUGGAUGAUGAAUGUUUUUUGAAUUGCAUUAUAGACUUGUUAGUCACCACCUUGGUCUAACAUUAUUUUUGUAAAGAUGUUCAUUGACCUUUGUGCUCUAAAAUGUGACAUCCCCACUUCCUAUAGGUUGGACUAUAGGGUGCUACAGUUCUCCAUCUGUUAACAUUUUAAAUGUUGUGUGAUUAUUGUAGGAGCACUUUAGUCUAUCAGUGAUCUGGUCAUGCAGUAGUUGAAUAUGUGUACUUUGGUGUCAAUCCCUCUUCAUUGUAUUGUGUUGGAUUCAGUUUAGAAACUUCAGCAAAUGUGCGUUAAAUCUAUUAUCAAAUAAUUGCUGCCUGAUUCAUGGACUACCAGGGAAAAAAUAUUGUUGUUUUUUUUUUUACAUUUUUUUGGCUUAAUUCCCCAUUUUUGGAAAGGACCCACCCCUUGACAUUCGGUUUAAUUAUAAGAUCUAAAUGUCCUCUGUAGAUAGCAAAACAUAUUCAGGUUUAUGAAUGUCCCACACAGAGGACAAAAAUAACUUCUGGUAGUCAGGAAGAUGUGGUUUCAAAAUGAACACUGUAUUUUACUGCACUGCCACUAGAUUUUGUAUUAUUAAGCUAAACAUCCACCAGGUAGAGCCAUUGACUAUAUACGCGGUGUUUGGCCACUAUUCGUUAAAGGAAAAAAUCAGCAGUUUAAACACAGCACUGUUGAUCUCAUAGUCUUGUCGACAAACUUAAACUGCAGAGGAACUGUCAAAUUUUAUUUUCACAAUUAAUUGGCUCUCAGAAUAUCAUUACAAGGCUUGUGCAGCAAGACCAGUUUCUUGAUCAGUAAUUGUAAUAAGAGUGGUGAAAAGCCAUCGCUUAAGGUGAUGUUAAAACAUUGCAGUACUUUCUAUAUUUAUCAUGUUUACACAUCAUGUACAUAGUAACUGAAAGUACCUCAAAGAAAAUGCUUUGUUGUUACAACACUUGUAAGGGUAUUUUGAUAGUUAGAUAAUGUCAGACCAAGUGGCUUUUUCUCAGUAUACAACCACCUGAAAAUAUAACUUUGUGGUGGAAACUGCCAGGUUUCUGUUUGAAAACAUGCAGGACUUUUAUUAUAUUUCAUCUGUAAAUUUAGGAUUUAGGUAUAACAUCAGUACGAUAGACUUUAAAACCAAACUCUCUGAUUUUUAUACCCCAUUACAAACAUCAGCUCACAUUUAAAUAAGAAGCUACUACACUUUUAAUAAAUGCACAUUUUCAGACCAGCCUAGUUCUGCUCUCAGGUACAGACCAUCCAUGUUUAAGGUCUAGUCUUAAAUGGUACCAUGUUUUACAGUAUAGACAGCUAAAGCUUUAGUUCUUCAUCUUGUUUUUUUUGUUUGUUUUAAAUCACUACACAUUUUUUUUCUUUUUCACAUUGUUAAAAACCUGGACAUGGAGAUGGACUGCAGUUUCAGUCAUUGUAAUUCAUAGGAGGGAAAAAUGGGAUCGGAAAAGGAAAAAAAAAACUUUUGCAGACCUCAGAGGAGGAUCGCACAAAGGUUUGUUUAAAUUUGAGGGCAAAGAAUGAGAUCAGCUCUGAUUUAAUUUUUUAUACACGUACUCCCACCAGCUUUGAAAACAGCUACAAACUAGCAUGUGCAUGCACUUUACUACUGCACACACAUUUUUAAAAUACAUGUUCUCAUUUUUUUUUUAAUCACUAAAAAUUGCUACCUGCAUUGGAAAUCCAGAGAUCCUUAUAAAAUAAAAAUGCAUUUUAAUUAAACAGAACUAAAAAUGAUAACACAAGCUGUGUAAAUUUAAUGUUUUGAAAAGUAAAAUGUCAGAGAUCACAGCAGGAUCUCUUCCCUUUUUAUCAGAUGUCAGUGUAACUAAAGCCUACAGAUUUAUAUUUAUAUAAAGAACAAGCAACAAAAGAGGAGGCUGCUUUGUAAAUGCCUAAAAUCUUUUUGUACUUUUAACUAGUUACUUAUUGUUUUAAAUGCAUUACAAUUCCCCAGACUGGGGUUUUUAUGUUUACAGUCACUUGUGGUACUGCAGUACAUUAAUUUAUUGUGUAAAUGUCAAUUUUGUAACCAUGUUAUUGACUAUUGUGGUACAAGUACCCUCACAGCAUUGUGAUUCAUUUCAAAUAAAUUAAUCUGCAAAGACUA